CAACAACCCCUAUUCGAUUCGACUGCCUAUAUUUCCACCCUUACCAAUCCGGACUACACAGCAGCUAACGCAACGCUCACGGCCGCGAUGACUUCAAUUGUUACGCUAAUAGAACUUCGUUAUGAGCCUCGUUCUGCAACUUGAACAUACAACAAAACCAGCAACCCGGCAUUAGACGCAUUUGGCAUAUUUGUCCCCGCAUCGCCUCGACAUGGUUGUACGGAGUCCACUUUGGAUCUGGCAUCUUGGGGUGGCUCCCUGUCGGCAUUUUACAGCAUUGUCCUUGGUUUUUUUGUUUCUUUUUCCUUUGUCAAAGACUUCUGCAUCCCGCCGAGGAGGAUGGUCCCGACCCAUUACCCACACACACACACGUACCAACAAACACACGACAACAACAACAACAACCACCGCUUGUCUGUCUCCACAGAUUUCGGACGCGGGAGCAUUUCAGUAUGACGUCUCGGUCUGUCUGCUCUUCUGUCGGAAUCUCCACAUAUUUUCGGAGCAUUAUUUCUCGGACCAUCCCUCCCUCGGCGGACCCUUUUUCCUUUGUGCUCAACUCGGUCCAUUGACCAUCUUCACCUGAUACCACACACCUUUCUAUCCAAACGCCGGAUACCCGACAUCCUUGUCAUCGGAUGGCACUCACAGACCUAUC